AUGCCUGCCCGCGCCUCCAUCUCCUACUUCGGCGCAGGCCCCGCCCCGCUCCCAACCCCCGUCAUCGAAUCCGCCGCCGCAACCCUCAUAAACUACCACGACUGCGGCCUGGGCCUAGCGGAGAUCUCGCACCGCUCUCCCGUCGCGAACAAGAUCCUUGCCGACGCCAAGGCGGGCCUGAUCACGUUGCUGGAUAUUCCCGCAGAUGACUAUGAGAUUCUGUUCAUGCAGGGCGGCGGGAGCGGCGAGUUUAGCGCCGUCGUGUAUAAUAUGGUCGGGGGCGCCCAGCGCGAUGGGAAGGAGGGUGAGGGACCGGAGGUGGAGGCGGAGUUGAAGCGGAUCGUGCAUGAGGAGCUGAAGAUGGACUACCUGGUCACGGGCUCGUGGUCGUUGAAGGCGAUGCAGGAGGCGCGGAGGCUCUGUGGGGAGCGGUUUGUGAAUGUUGCUGCUGAUGCGCGUGAGGAGAAUGGGGGGAAGUUUGGGACCAUUCCGGACGAGAAAGGGUGGAGGCUUACGAAGACGAGGCGGGAGGGGGGGAAAGGGGAUGCGCCGGCUUUUGUGUAUUAUUGCGAUAAUGAGACAGUGGAUGGGGUGGAGUUUCAGGGGUUUCCGGCGUGUUUGGAAGCACCGGAGGGAGAUGUUGCGGAGGAGGAUGAGAGGUUGGUUGUUGCGGAUAUGAGCUCGAAUUUUCUAAGUCGAAAGAUUGAUGUGCGGAAGUUUGCGGUUAUUUUUGCUGGCGCCCAAAAGAACGUUGGUGUUGCUGGAAUCACGCUGGUCAUCAUCCGCAAAUCCCUUCUCCCCCCUCAAACAGCAACGCCGUCCCCAGGUCUGCUGCGCAAACUAGAAAUCGGCGGCUUGCCCGGGCCCAUCAUGUUCGAUUACGCCACCAUCGCCAAAAACAACUCGCUCUAUAACACAUUGCCCAUCUUCAACCUCUGGAUCGCUGGCGAGGUUAUUACCAGGCUUGUGCAGAUGUACGGAGAUGAAAAAAUCAGUGGGCAGGAAGCAGUCUCGAACCACAAGGCGAAGCUGUUAUAUGCCGUGUUGGAUAAAUAUCCGCAGGUAUACCACAUCGUGCCGCAUAAGAGCGUGCGGAGUAGGAUGAAUCUUUGCUUUCGUGUCUACGAUGGGGAUGCAGAAAAGGAGAAGGCGUUCCUGGCUGGGGCUGAGAGGAGGCUUCUGCAGGGUCUAAAGGGUCACCGAAGCGUAGGCGGUAUCCGGAUCAGUAAUUACAAUGCCGUGCCGGUGGAGAAUGUGGAGAAGUUGGUAGUUUACCUAGAGGACUAUGCGAAUGGGCGGGAGUGA